GUGAUGAGUGACGUCACACGGGGGUGGCCGAGAGUCUAUGUCAACACAAGCGGCGUUGUGAAUCGCAGUCGAAUAAUCACAAAUUACACGAAUUACAACAACAACAAUAGCAACGGUGGCUGUUGUUGUUGUUUGUUGGUGGUGUUGUUGUUGUUGAGGCUGUGCGGUUGUUGCGUGCCGCGGUAGUUGUUGGUUGCCGGCGUCGUAAGGGAGGUUAUUGACGGCUCGGCUGGGCCCUGUGGCGGAGGAGCGAACAAGUCACGACGGCAACAUCCACCACGGUCACCACAGGGUGCAAGGAGGUGAGGCUAGACGGUUGUCCGAUGGCGGAGCAGCCGGGCUCCUUCACCAUCGAUGACGCCUUCGAGAUCAGCCUGGAGGAGAAGGAAUCCACCACGCCCAGGUUCGGGAGCCUCAAGUUUGAGAGGAAGGUGAACCUGAGCCGGACCAGCGGACAGGCGGCCGGGGCCGAUGAUGUCGGGCCCAGGGAAUCGGGCCACAAGUACCGGAACUUGGAAGAUGAUGAGGAUGAGGUGAGGACUAACGGAGCGAUGCCCGGUGACCUCCGCAUACGGCCGCCCUCGCGGCAAGGCUCGGAGCUGUCGUUCAGUACGGUGAGCAACACGACGCAGCUCUCCUACCGCUCCUGCUUGAGUUGGACGAGGCAUCCGCUCAUCCUGAAGAAUCGCAAGGUGGUUAUCGCCUCCUUCGUCUUCCUCAUCGUGGGCAUCGCCUUGAUCAUCACAGGAAUAGCCUUGGAGGUGAACCCCAAUGCAGUGGUGUCGAGCGCGAUCUUUUUCGUGCCUGGAUUCCUGCUGUUUAUUCCGGGAGUCUAUCACGUAAUCUUCAUCGUCUGCGCCGUCAAGGGGAAGAAGGGUUUCCGAUUCUUCAACCUACCCUAUUUCGAAAAGUGACUGCAGACUUAUUUAAAAAUAAUAACGCUAAUCAGCCAUCCGAUGCCAAAUACUGUACGCUCAAUGGCAGCGAGCCAUGUGUUGAAAUUAUGUAUCGACUAUAUUCAUAAUUCGCGGAGAAAAGUUCCAAUGGGAGCUUCACGACUGUUCUCCGUUGACGAAAUACGGAAAAUGCAUUUUUUGUUGUUGUUGUAGAGGUCUCUCUGUCUGUAAUAGAGGUUUUUUUUGUAGCUUUUAAAUAUUUCUCGGAAUAAAAUGUGAACAAUUUUGUCUUUAGAACGAAUUACGAUUGACACGCAAAACUGGGCGGCUGCAGGGGGCCGCCUCUUAAAACAACGCAUAUCCCGGGGGGGAAAAUACGGUGAAGAAAAACAACGCGGAAAAUCAAAUCAGCCAUUACGCAUUCGCUCAAUGUUAUCCGCACUACGAUCCUUCUCCGCUUAACACUCCGUAUAAUAAACUGGUCGUGGGACCCGAGCUACUCGUGAAAACACAAUAGUUACGUUUACAUUAUCGGCCAUGAACAACGUUCGCCGUAUCGGAACGAUCGGCGUCGUUGCUUUGGAUCGCGAAGUGAAUUAGGUUUUUAUUAGCGCUCGCAUUUGGCCAUCUGUCGAACGAUUUGGGUUAAUGGCACGUCUUGCGUUUAGCGAUAGCCGGUGACGCGGAAUGUGUCCCGUGCUGUAGCAGAAGUUGCGUUAAAAUGCACGCUUUGGUUUUUUCUCGCCCGCUCUGCGUGAAACAUUACCGUAAAUCGCCGAAGGAAACGCCCCGGCUUCAAUUUGAGUCUUUUUACUUGCAAUCGAUGCAGGCCUGUACCUGUGCGUGCUAUGUAUGUAUUUAAAAUGGAGCGACUAUGGAUCGUGAAAAAGGAGACGUUAUGAUGGCUAACUGACGCGUCUUAGCUCAACUGCCCGAGGUGUACUUGCACGAGACAAUACGAAAUGUUUUGGUUUGCCGCCCCCUGAAGUCCCCUUCAAAAGCAUCAGCAAUCUGAGAGCAAUUUCACCUCUUGAAGAGGGUCAGUUAUUUUUUCCGUCCAAAGAUAGUUCACGUGACAGCUGACAUUGGUCGUACGCUCUUCACAUUUGUGCACAUUGCAUCUGCGAGCACGGCCGUAAUCAUUUCAUUGUGUAUACACGACGUAGGAAACGGGGGAACGCAGUUGCAUGGUUAAUGAAUCCCACUCAAAAGCCGAAGCGAAACGGACUCGAACUAACUAACCACGAGGCUGGUGCAACGUGGGUGCCAUGUGCCUUAGAGACUGCAUUACCGUCAGCCAUUCUCAGUCAACUGUUGACUGAAGGCAUGCUGAUGCCAGUUGUGUCCUGCAAGCUAUACUCACAUUUCUCCGUCCAAGUUCAAUUGUUUUUCUUAAUGGCAGUUGCGACGAUGGUGUCUCGGAUUUUUUGUUCGAUGUCCGUUGUGCGUGUUUGUUAUUAUUUAUCCCAUUUUGGUCUGAGUUCUUCAACUUAUUUUCCGGCAGACCGCAAUAAAAUAAGCGUCUUCUGGCGGGCUACGUGACGUAAGUUAUGAUAUUACAAUGGGGUUGUGACGUCUCGAUGCCUGUACGUAUAACCACUCGUGGAUUGCACCACCUUGAUUACUCUUCUCAUCUUACAUCUUAUCUCGCGAGUCGACAUUUUCACGAGGACUAUUGCUCAACGGGGAAACUCUUGAGAGCCCUUUGAGGGCCACAUCUGACUGAAGGAACCCCAGUUCAGGAGCCCUGCUCUAGACGUCACGGGUUACGGUGUCCCAAGGCCUCACUAAUUGAUUUGUAUUCUUUAUCGCAAAAAAUGUUUUGUUCGCGAGUUUAGUUUUACUGGAGGACAAAAAAUUCGACACGUAGUUUGAAGUAGUUUUUUCUGUGCACGAUACUUUAUCGUUUGAGUAGGUGUCCAGGGCGACUUUAGCGAGUGAACUCGAGAAACCUACUGCUGUUUGCUCAAGUAAUUGUACUUUUUCAGUGACGGCACCAGUUAUCGUGCCGUCACCACCACCACCACCACGCCCCGGCAUGGCCGUACACGUCUGGCAAAUCAGGUGUGGCAUGAACGCGCCCCUCGUGCCAAUUGUGUGGGCGAACGCGGUGAUUGUGAUGAAAGUCUAUCAAACGCAACUGUUACACCCGGUAGACAUGAACAGUCGGGAGCGUGGUGGCUGCGGCGGCCGUGGUGGCCACAGGAACACCCAUUUUAUUUUAUGAACAUUCCAAACUUGGUACAAGUAUUCCCUCGUUAUUCACAAACUUGAUAUCCGCGAAUCGCAUCUACAGCUCUCCAUGGCUGCACAAAGAAAGUGAGACGAGAUAAAGUUACGUGAGAGAGAGAGAGCUGAUUUGCGUUUUUAUUUAAGCGAAUUAUUCUGCAAAGUCUGCUCUCGCGAAUAACGAGGGAAUCCUGCAUUUCAUUGCGUUACGAUGAAGGCACUGUUGUCGUUUUAAACUGCACGAGAGGACAUGUUGAAUGCGAGAACCCAAUUCUCCCCGUUGACUCGCAGUAAGACGAUACCUUCCGCAGUACAGUGGUCCUCUGGUUAACGAUAUUAAUUGGUUCCAUGAAAACUAUCGUUCAUCGAAUAUAGGAAGUACAUGUUAAAGACUAAUUUGUUCCAAGACGAUCGGAAGUUAAACCUAUUCAUCCUAUGAACAUAGUUUAUAAUAUCGAUUUAAAGCUUUCGUGACUAACUAUCUUGGUUCUUUCGGUAAAGUCACGUAGAAGGGAAAUAAUAAAAUAAAAAUAUUUUAGUGUUUUAUUUUUUAAUUUUAUUAUUUCCCUUCUACGUGACUUUACCGAAAGAACCAAGAAGAUAGUUUAUAAUAUUUAAGCACGCAAUUUUAAUAAAUACACGUUAGACGAACAUUAAGGCGUUAACUCUAAUAGAAACAUGGAUUAACGAAUAAAUGGAGCAUAAAAUAAUUACCUUAGGCUCUCAAAACGCUCAAAAGUGCGUCGCUGAUUGGCUGAGUUCUGCCGAGGAGCGCUGCCGAUUGGCCGAAAUUGGCGGGUCUGCGUGAUGUCGUAAACGUAUCGUUCAUCGAAAAUGUAUCGCUAAUAGAAUCAAUGGGACCCCAUGGGAGGGCGGAUCGUUCGUCGAAAUAACGUUCAUCAAUGGCAUCGUAAACCGCAGGGGACCACUGCACUGGUUUUGGGAAAGUCACAGGAUGCUAAAGGUGCGAUCAAUGUUCUCCAGACGCCUUUGGAAGACGUGGCACUGGGCUACAAAACAAUUGCGCCGUUUGUAAAAAAAAAAUACAGGGUGCUUCAAGAAAUGUUAACACUUAUAUGGGAUUAUCGUUUUAUUGGAAAAAGAACGAUUACUACACUGUAACACGAUAACAAAUCUAUGUUAAUAGCUUCAAAAAGUCAGUCCCCAUCGUUGUCAACACGUGGCCUGGAAUCUUCUCCAGGUGGUCUCCAAAGCGCGAAGGCACAUUUCCUGUGGUAUUGUUGCAAAUUCUCGGAAGUGUUAACAUUUUUUUGAAGCACCCUGUCUAUAGUUUGUGUGCACUUCAUUUAACAACGCAUUGAGUGUGCCUCUGCUCGUUUUCUGCCACAGUGAUUUUUGCGAGUGGGGAGAGAAAGAAAAACAAUUAUGGUAAAAAUCCCAAACAACCUGAAUCCAUAACGGCUUCAGUCACGAGUUGAGAAAGAGUGGUGCUGAGCAUUGUGUUUUGCGGCAUUUCGUUUCAAUCAAACUGCAGGGAAGUGGCACAUUUACGGAAUAGGCAAUUGCGUAAUGGCCCAUACAGCGUUACAUUGCUUCGGCUAAUUCCACAGGCGAUCAGACUUGCAGUGUCUGUAUCAGAAGGCAGUGGUCCCCCCUUUCCCCCCCCCCUUCCCCCCGUCGUUUUAUCAGAAAGCUCACAAAGUGCCUUGUGUUUGGCACGUUGCGGUAAUAAUGUCAAAUCCAUGUCACCGCUCUCGGAUGUUUGCCCAGAGUAACUGCAAAUGCGCAGGGGGUGGUGGUGUGCGUAUGUGAAUAAUAAUAAACUGCGACUUUGUUUUGAUUUCACAGCAAUGUAUGAAGGGGAUUCGUGUUGAUGUUACUAGAAUACUUCAGUUGUAACAGAGUUGCUAAGCGCAUCAAUAAACUACCUUUUCGGUUUUUUU